AUGGAUCCAACAGCUUCGCGGGUCCAAUGCGCGUUCCGAUCAGACCAACUGGAUCUUCUUGCAGCGUAUGCAAAUCCGGAAUAUGGUUUCAUGGCCCCGUCGAUGCUGGUCGAGGGCCCUUCUUCCUCAGGCAAAACGUACACUCUGCGCAAGUACUUUGAACAUUUGCAGCGGAAUGGGCAAAUACUGUUUUCAGAAAUCGAAUGCGAAUACUGUCUCACGCGCAAAACAAUCUUGCACACAAUUCUGCGCAAUUUGAUCAAUUUACUCGAACUGAACGUCCAGCAGUCCGCCGAAAUGAUUGGUAAAUGCGAUGGACUUGGAACUUUUGUGGAGGUGCUGAAACAGAUUGAACACAUAUACAUCAAUAUGUCCGACGGCGUGCGACAUCUGCCCGUGGUGUUUGUGCUCGAUCGCGUGGAAAGAUUGCUUCCAAAUGAAAACCCGUCAGAGCUUUGCACAGCGCUGUCGAGAGCCCAUGAACAGAGUUCAGCUCUUGAUUUGUUCACGUUUGUCUACGUGGUGAACCGCAGUGACUCGCUAAAUAUCCAAACUUUGGCCCUGCCUACCAUCGCUUUUACAUGCUAUUCCAUUAACCAGAUCAAGGACAUCUUGCUUGACCGGAUAACCGAUUCAAGCCCUUCGUUUCUUCCUCCCCUCCAGUUCAAAUCCUUUGCUCGACAAUUUCUUGAUAUCAUAUUAGACACUUACACAUCAUAUUUUGGUACAGAUAUUGGGCUCAUGGUCCCUGUGCUGGCAAAGCUGUGGCCGAUUUUCAUCAACCCGGUCACUGAGCUCGGGCGCAUCCAGAACGGCGUCAAUGACGUGCUCACCACUUUUCAGCGGAAUAAGUCAUUGCUGCAAAGCGAGCAGGGUCUCCUGGACGACCUGGCCAGUGCUGACAUUCCGUCGAGCGACCUGCCCAAGAAGACCAAGUACAUUUUGAUUGCAGCAUACCUUGCAUCUUACGACGACCCCAAAUACGAUCUAAUUCUGUUCUCGAAACAGAGAGAAGCGCGGUCGAACAGAAAAGUUCGUCAUUCCAAGAAAAAAAGCACUAAAUCAAGCGACCAGUUGUCUUCUCGGAUGCUCUCCCCCCAGGCAUUCACGCUCGAGCGGCUGUUGGCUAUUUUGCAUGCAAUAUAUGACGAGAACUGCGAGGAGCCUUUAUUGAACGACGUAGAGCUCUUAUCGGAACUAGCCACGCUCUCGACGCUCAAAUCUAUCAUGAAGCUGAAACUAGGGGACACCAUCGGAGGCGGCACCAAAUGGAAAUGCAACGUCAACUGGAGCGUUAUCAAGAAGUUCUCGGACGAAGUGGGAUUUGAAAUAGAAAACUUCCUGAUAGAUUAGAUCUCACCAUUCAUCUUUCUUCUCUGUUUGUAUCGUUCCUCCCACCUUCAUUGCGAUCUCCUCAAUAUCGUUAUAGUUUUCAUUAAAAAUGGGGCAAACCGAUCUCAUUUUUGUGCGAACCCGCUUGAGAACGUUAUCAUAUUUUUCAACGUCGGAAUCGUUAUUUGUGACUUGUGCUCGGCCGUUCUCAAAGAGAGUGUCAAUAAGCAUUUGCAACUCGGUCAGACUCUGUAAAAUCUUGGGGUACUGUCUAGGUUUACCCUUGUCAUCCGUUGUAGCACAGGCGUUGAUUUUUUGCUGCGUCUGAUGAAUCCAUAUUGCGACUAGUGCUUUAUACUGACCGAGGACCAGAAGACGCUGGAAACCGGUCUGGAUGCCAAGUUGCUUUCCUUCUAAAAACUGUUGUUUCGAGCCCUCCAGCUGCCCUUCGAUGAAACCUUCCUGAUAGUACUGGUUCUCAAGGUUCAACAGCGAAUCGAAGUCUAUGUCUUUUUGUUCGCAGGGCAUGGCGAUGAAUAAUUUUUUCAAUUUAUGUCCGAGAUAAAAAGACGGCGCAGACUGAGACAGGUCAAAACAGAUGUUUACGGAUCCGACUCAGACAGCGAAAACGAUGAGAAAAAGACGCUGGACAUGGAUGCCUUUGGCCAAGAGCUGGAGCUCGAUUCGAAUGAGAGAGUAGAGGAGGAAGACGAUCAGGAAGUCAAACUUGAGGCAUUCAACCUUGAACAGGAGACGGAGGAAGGGGUGUUCGAUCAAGACGGCAAUUAUGUGCGGACCAAGGAAGAAAGCGAAGACGAGUACUGGCUAGACGAGGUGAAAAAAGAAGAUAUAAAGAAAGCUCGUGCAGCCGAAUUGCGACAGGAGGAGGAGAGGCGGAAACAGCAAGAUGACAAGGCUCGGCGAUUGCGGUCUGCCAACGUCAACGAGGUUAUAGAGAAACUCUGUGAGCUGAUGGAGCCCGCGGAAACUGUGGUCGAAUUGCUUCAGCGGCUAAAUGGUGAGUCCAGAAGGUUAAGGAAGAAAGGUCAGAAGGAGCAUGAAAAAUGUGUGCGGGAGCAAAUUACGCAAGUGAUGAGCGCCGUUGAGGUGCUGGAAGAUGGAUUUUCAGAAAUCUACCAAGUUUCAAGAGAGGAGCUGAUGCGAAAGUUGCCCGCUGCCUCGGGCUCUGAACGCAAACGAAAAAGAGAGGACGAAAGUGCCAAUGUGUGGUAUUAUAGAUGGCCGGGACAGGAAGAAAUAUAUGGCCCCUAUGACUCAGCCACAAUGGAAGCAUGGCGCGAAACAUAUUUUAUCGAUAACCCGGUCGAGUACCGAAAAGGCAAUGAACCAUUUAGAUUGCUCGAUGAUUCCACAAUGUUCCUGUAGUGGAUCCCCGUAUUUCCGAUACGAUUACCUAAUUAAGAAUGCUGUCCGGGGUACAGGAAUUGACACCAUUUUUUAAAUUUCGGUUGCACGGGGCGCACGCCCCGUAUCCCCGUGGUCAAUUUGGCAUCCUGCAGCUUAUGAUAUAAAAGCAUGGCAUAUCCUUGUGAUGAGAGUCAAGAUGACUCCAAAGUGUAUUCUCAACCUCAAUACCGCUUCCAGAUGUUUUGUUAAACUCCAGGGGACGACAAUUCCAACAAAGUCGUUCGCCUCUUUCAGCAGAUCGCAAUAUUCCUACGCUGACAAGUACAACCAGAAAGACAUGAACAAAACUCCUGAGUUAAGAGAGACUGUCAGCAAUAACGGCGGGGCCGGUCUUGUGGAACAUUCUUCUAUGACGAUUAUUAAGAAUGCCGGUGACGCUCAUCCUUCUUACAACGACCAUAUCUCUGCUCACAAUGGUUUCACGCCGCUUGUGUCGGGCAGCGGCGCAGUCAGUGGACAUGGAUUUAUUUCGACGGGCGAUAUUCAGGAAUAAAUGCAUGGUUUAGUUUACGAGAUUUAUAUAAUGAUGAAUACGUUCUCAUACCGCUUAUCUCAUAGGUAUCUUCUGUCUGGGUAGUCUACCACUUUAUCGAAUUUCUCGUCGCCCACAUAUCCUCCUGCCAUAGCGUUCAGAACGUGCCUCUUGAACUGGGCAGGGUAUUUUGACAAGUCGUUGGCGGCGUCCUUGUUCAGGGGAUCGUUGGCAUUUGGCUGCAAAAACAGAUGCAGAAUUCCAGCAAACACCAACUGUAGAGUCAGUGUUGGUUUCCAGUCGUUUCGCAGGAUGUUGAGACAAACAUGGCCCUCCAGAUCGAUGUUGGGAUGGUAUAUUUUUUGCAGGCAUUUGAAUUCUGGAGCUCGAUUAGGAUAGUCUUCUGGAACCUCGCAGAUGAACUUGAAUUUGCCGCCCUGGUAUAAUCCCUCGUUGGGACAGACCUCUAGGUCGAUUCUCAUUGGAUUUGCUUCGUCAUACUUGAUGUUUAUUCCAGGAAUUUCCUCGUACUCUUGUAAAUCCUUUUUAGCACGGAUAUAUGCCACUGGAACAGACUGUGACACUGGUUUGCUGGCCUGCUCUUUCUGCAGCUUUUUAAGUUUGAGCUGGUGUUAGUGCC